AUGUACGAGUUUUCCCUUAAUACCAAUAUUGUCAAAGGUCCUCUUGCUCCUGACUCUCCCAUUGUUAUUCAAGAAAACAAUGUGGCAUUCUCUGAUGUCAUCCCAAAAUGGAUGAAAAAAUGGAUUGCAAACCCCUACAUUGUUCAAUUCUCUGACUCUAAAGAAGAGAAUGAUGAGGAUGAUGAUGAAAAAGACAUUGAUGAUGAGGAAGACACUGAUGAUGAAGAAGACACUAAAGAUGAAGAGGAUGAACCUGUCACUGGUAAAGGUGAAGCUUCUAUUCGGGAAAUGAAUUCUCCUCCAAUAUUGAACAAACACAUUUGA